CUGGCGGGCGCCAAGAUGGACGCUCCGUGGGCUCGCGAGCAGCUCCGGAGGCGUUACCUAUUUCCUUCCGAAGCGGGGCUGGACUGCGAGGACGACGCCAGACCAGAAACCUCCACAGCUGAUGAGAUAAAGGAGAAACCUCUUCCAAGACUUAACAUUCAUUCUGGAUUCUGGAUUUUGGCAUCCAUUGUUGUGACCUAUUAUGUUGAUUUCUUUAAAACCUUUAGAGAAAAUUUUCACACUAAUAGCUGGUUUCUCUUUGGCGGGGCCCUGUUGUGUGUCAGCCUGUCCAUUGCCUUUUACUGCAUAGUCUAUCUGGAAUGGUACCGGGGGAUUGAAGAGUAUGAUGUCAAGUACCCCAUGCUGGUGCCCAUCACAACCGCAACUUUCAUCGCAGCAGGGAUCUGCUUCAACAUGGCUCUGUGGAAUGUGUGGUCAUUCUUCACUCCCUUGCUGCUGUUCACUCAGUUUAUGGGGGUCGUGAUGUUCAUCUCGCUCCUUGGAUAAGUUCCAGCCUUAAGAACGUGAGCAUUUAAGGUGAACAAAGCAUCCAGCUCGUGCCACUGACAUGAAGGAGAAGCCUAGUGUGCACUUGUGCCUGAAGUGAGUGUUUUCCACGGAAACUGUGACUUUCUACACCUGCUGUUGAAAUCUGAAUAAACGAUCUUUCUCUUGGGUGUUUGCAAACAA